AUGUCACCCGUGCCUGGCCCCGACCACGGCCGGGGGAUGCCCUUGCAGGCAAGCAGAGAGGACUCUGGGAAAGAGGAGGGCACCAAGCCAGCAACAGGCACCAAGCCAGCAACAGGCACCAAGCCAGCAACAGGCACCAAGCCAGCAACAGGCACCAAGCCAGCAACAGGCACCAAGCCAGCAACAGGCACCAAGCCAGCAACAGGCACCAAGCCAGCAAAAGGCACCAAGCCAGCAACAGGCACCAAGCCAGCAAAAGGCACCAAGCCAGCAACAGGCACCAAGCCAGCAACAGGCACCAAGCCAGCAACAGGCACCAAGCCAGCAACAGGCACCAAGCCAGCAACAGGCACCAAGCCAGCAACAGGCACCAAGCCAGCAACAGGCACCAAGCCAGCAACAGUCACCAAGCCAGCAACAGGCACCAAGCCAGCAACAGUCACCAAGCCAGCAACAGGCACCAAGCCAGCAACAGGCACCAAGCCAGCAACAGGCACCAAGCCAGCAACAGUCACCAAGCCAGCGCCAAGCACCAAGCCAGCAACAGGCACCAAGCCAGCGCCAAGCACCAAGCCAGCGACAGUCACCAAGCCAGCGCCAAGCACCAAGCCAGCGCCAAGCACCAAGCCAGCGACAGUCACCAAGCCAGCGCCAAGCACCAAGCCAGCGACAGGCACCAAGCCAGCGCCAAGCACCAAGCCAGCACAAGGCACCAAGCCAGCGCCAAGCACCAAGCCAGCACAAGGCACCAAGCCAGCAACAGGCACCAAGCCAGCAACAGGCACCAAGCCAGCAACAGGCACCAAGCCAGCAAAAGGCACCAAGCCAGCGCCAAGCACCAAGCCAGCAAAAGGCACCAAGCCAGCAACAGGCACCAAGCCAGCAAAAGGCACCAAGCCAGCAAAAGGCACCAAGCCAGCAAAAGGCACCAAGCCAGCAAAAGGCACCAAGCCAGCAACAGGCACCAAGCCAGCAAAAGGCACCAAGCCAGCAAAAGGCACCAAGCCAGCAAAAGGCACCAAGCCAGCACAAGGCACCAAGCCAGCAACAGGCACCAAGCCAGCAACAGGCACCAAGCCAGCAAAAGGCACCAAGCCAGCAAAAGGCACCAAGCCAGCACAAGGCACCAAGCCAGCAACAGGCACCAAGCCAGCAACAGCCACCAAGCUAGCACCAGCCACCAAGCCAGCUCCAGCCACCAAGCCAGCUCCAGCCACCAAGCCAGCUCCAGCCACCUCCAGCCACCAAGCCAGCACCAGCCACCAAGCCAGCUCCAGCCACCAAGCCAGCGCCAGCCACCAAGCCAGCGCCAGCCACCAAGCCAGCGCCAGCCGCCAAGCCAGCUCCAGCCGCCAAGCCAGCUCCAGCCGCCAGGCCAGCUCCAGCCACCAAGCCAGCGCCAGCCGUCAGGCCAGCUCCAGCCGCCAGGCCAGCUCCAGCCACCAAGCCAGCGCCAGCCGCCAAGCCAGCUCCAGCCGCCAAGCCAGCUCCAGCCGCCAGGCCAGCUCCAGCCACCAAGCCAGCGCCAGCCGUCAGGCCAGCUCCAGCCGCCAGGCCAGCUCCAGCCGCCAGGCCAGCUCCAGCCGCCAAGCCAGCUCCAGCCACCAAUCCAGUUCCAGGCACCAAGCCGGCUCCAGGCACCAAGCCAGCUCCAGGCACCAAGCCAGCUCCAGCCACCAAGCCAGCUCCAGCCACCAAGCCAGCUCCAGCCACCAAGCCAGCUCCAGCCACCAAGCCAGCGCCAGCCACCAAGCCAGCUCCAGCCACCAAGCCAGCGCCAGCCGCCAAGCCAGCUCCAGCCGCCAAGCCAGCUCCAGCCGCCAGGCCAGCUCCAGCCACCAAGCCAGCGCCAGCCGCCAGGCCAGCUCCAGCCGCCAAGCCAGCUCCAGCCACCAAUCCAGUUCCAGGCACCAAGCCGGCUCCAGGCACCAAGCCGGCUCCAGGCACCAAGCCAGCUCCAGCCACCAAGCCAGCUCCAGCCACCAAGCCAGCUCCAGCCACCAAGCCAGCUCCAGCCACCAAGCCAGCGCCAGCCACCAAGCCAGCUCCAGCCACCAAGCCAGCGCCAGCCGCCAAGCCAGCUCCAGCCGCCAAGCCAGCUCCAGCCGCCAGGCCAGCUCCAGCCACCAAGCCAGCGCCAGCCGCCAGGCCAGCUCCAGCCGCCAAGCCAGCUCCAGCCACCAAUCCGGUUCCAGGCACCAAGCCGGCUCCAGGCACCAAGCCGGCUCCAGCCACCAAGCCAGCUCCAGCCACCAAGCCAGCUCCAGCCACCAAGCCAGCUCCAGCCACCAAGCCAGCUCCAGCCACCAAGCCAGCUCCAGCCACCAAGCCAGCGUCUGCUCGCCAUCACAGCUAAAUGCCAUUUUAAACUACCGGCGUAAUAGAGGUGUAUGA